CUCUGGCCACGCCUCCUGUGAAGCUUGACGCAGUGCUGUUGCCUUUGAACUCCGGAACAGUCAUGUGGUCCUUUUAACCGUCUACUACACAGCUUGGCGACGCGGGCCGGCCGUGUAGGUUCUGUGUGGGUUCUGUGUGGGUUCUGUGUGGGGGUCGGCGCGGGAGUCGGCGCAGGCUUUAGCGGCGUUAGGGAGGCUGGGUGGCGGUAAUCUCGACGUGUAGGUCGUUGUUUGCGGAAGUGCACCUCCUCACCUUAACGGGCUGUCAUGAGGGGCGCUGCGUGUUUUAGCAGCUCUGCUUGUCCGUCAUGGUAAAACAGUUCAAGGUUCGUUUAUAAAGGCUGCAUUAUAGCGCUUGACCUGCGUGUAGUACAGACAUGUUCGGCUUCGCUCGCCUGUCUGCCGAGGGGAAAGUGGGACUCGCCACGGGGGUCGUGUUUUUCUCUAUGCUCAUAUCUAGAACGCUGCUAUCGGACCUGGUGGACAUAGAGACGCGGGCUUCUCUGUUCCGAGUGCAGUUUCUCCUCUUCAUUAACUCCUUGCUGCUCCUGGGCUCGCUGUAUAUCUGGAAGCGCCUGGUGAGGCGCCUCUAUGGCUCCAGACCGGCUCCCCGGACGUGGCCUCAUAGAUGCUGGCGUGCGGCUGUGCUGCUGCUCCUGGUCCUCGCUCACUGCAGCUACCUCAGCAUGUUUUACCUGGUGGACACGGAGCCCCACUGGCUCGCUCUACUGAGCUACACGUGCUUAGGCGUUUACAUCAUUCUUGUAUUCUUCCUGGUGGCAUUUAGCUGCGUGAGUCGGCUGUGCUCCUCCAGUUCAGACGGCCAGGAUGGGUCAGCGAUCGGUCAGACAGUUCUGGCCUUGAUGGUGACCGCACUGUUGACUGUGUAUGGAUUAUUUAAUGCCGCACAGCCACCGCAGGUCGUGGAGGUGGAAGUUCCAGUGGAGAAGCUGCCUGCCUCUAUGGAUGGCCUCAAGAUAGUUCUGCUGUCAGAUAUACACCUGGGACCUACAAUUGGGCGGUCCAAACUACAGCUCAUUGUUACCAUGGUGAAUCAUCUGGAACCAGAUGUGGUGGUGAUCGUCGGUGAUCUGACAGACUCUCAGGUGAGCCGGUUGAGGACUGCUGCAGAACCUUUGGGGCUCAUCCAAGCCCGGCUGGGCUCCUACUUUGCUACAGGUAAUCAUGACUACUACACUGCUGAUGUGGAGAGCUGGUUUGAGUUCUUGAGCUCAAAGGGAAUCCAACCACUUCACAACAGCCACGCUCGAGUGUUCCGCCCUGGUCAAAGCCAAGAUUGGAUCUGUCUUGCUGGCGUUGAUGAUCUAGAGGCCAGCAUGCUACGGUAUCCUGGUCAUGGGAUGGACAUCGAGAAGGCUCUGAGUGGUUGCAGUAAAGAUAAUCCCAUUGUUCUUUUGGCUCAUCAGCCUCAUGCUGCUAAAAAGGCCCUCCAGCAAAGGCCAGAUAUCAACUUGGUACUGUCAGGUCACACCCACGCUGGCCAGAUGUUCCCCCUCACUCUCUUGGCAUUCCUGGUGAACCCGUAUUUCUGUGGACUCUACCGUGUUUCCGAACACACUAUGGUCUACGUUACCCCAGGAACGGGCUAUUAUGGCAUUCCAAUGAGAAUCGGGAGCCGUGCAGAGAUCACUCAGAUCAUACUAAGACCUACCUGACCUUACCUGCCAGACACACACACACACACACGCAUGCUUGAAUUGGACCACUACGUGCCAUUAAUUUAAUGAAGACUGAUGGAGUACCAGCACUUUUUGUAGUAUACCAGGAUGUCUGAUUUGCCACACUGUGAGCUCCACCACAAAAUUGUAAUGUGCCUAAAUAGCCAUCAAUCAUAGGCAUUGUCCUGCAGCGUAGGGUCAGCAUGAUCAUUCGUCCUCUGUACCACUGCUGAUAUAUUCAUCAACUGCUGUACUUACCACGUCCCAGAGCUUAGAAAGGGUUAGUCUUUGCUGACUAGCUAGAAAAAAAAGAAAUGAGGUGUGCCAGAAUUCUGUUACAGUGAGCUCGUUUAGCAGCGGUGCUACUUUUAAAAUGAAGAAAUGGAAACGUGGCUGCAUCAAAGAGCCUGUUUACACUUAGCCGCCUCAUGGAUGUUGAAUCCACAUGAUUCCCAGAUAAAAAUUUGUCCAAAUGCAUCUAAUCUAGGCAAAUACAAAGCUCCACGCUGCUUUUCCCACGUUAUGAAAUGCCAUAAUUUCCGUUUUUGUUCUUUGCAGUUUUGUAGUUCAGAAGAACAAAAGGGAGAAACUACGCUGCACAAUUAUUAGGCAAGUCUUAUUUUUGAGGUUUAUUUUUAUUAAUGACCAGCUACAGCGCUCUCGUUUAAUCCAAAAUGUUAAACCUCAAACAUGAAUGUUUAAGGAAGUAAAAGUGAGGU